AUGCACUUUGCGGCAAAUGUCAUGGCCUUGCCCGCCUUGGUGGCCACGGCCGUCUCGGCCGCUGCCUUGAUGCCUCGCGACUCGUCGGCCACCAACUCUUCCUCAGCGCCGACCUCGAUCAGCCCCGACAACCCUUUCCCCACCAACGUCGGGUAUGCGGGCAAGACCAAGUACGGUGCCCCUCCUUUCCUUGCCGUCACCGACCGCAUCCCCGGUGAGCUCAAGGACAGCUCGAUCGAGACUCGAUGGAAGCCCCUCAACGCUAGCCAGGAUUGCUCGUACAACAUUUUCCAGCACUUGGGCAAUGAAAGUCCCUACUUUUCUAGCCCGAUCUUUAGCGACUUCCAGAAGGAGCAUGCUCGGCUGGAUGCCAAGUGUACCGUCAAACAGGUGCACAUUCUGCACCGUCAUGGGUCCAGGUAUCCUACCUCGUCCACCACCGAAGGUGCGCCCUACUUUGGUGCGGUCAUGCGCAACGUCUCCAAGCUCAGUCAGCCGGACUCGAAUUUCUCGGCCUGGGGACCACUCGAGUUCUUGAACACGUGGCAGUACCAGCUCGGCGCCGAGGUGCUCAACCCCGUCGGAACGCAGCAGCUGUUCGACUCGGGUGUGCACCACUACUACCAGUACGGAAAGCUGUACAACGCCUCGAGCCAGCAGCACAAGCCCGUCAUCCGCACCACGAGCCAGCAGCGCAUCCUCGACUCGGCGCGCUACUGGGCCCUGGGCUUCUUCGGCUGGGAUGCGCCGUCCAAGUACGACUUGGAGAUCAUCCUCGAAGGCGGCGAAGGACUGGGUCCCGCCGAUGCGUUCAACAACACGCUUGCCUCGUACGACACGUGCAACAACUCGGACACCAUCACGGUCGGCGACACUUACUUGCGUCCCGUGUGGGAUGCGAUCUAUCUGCCUGCGCCACGCGACCGCCUGCAGCAGUACCUGAGCGGCUUGCAGCUUACCGACGAGAUGGUGUACGGCAUGCAGAGCUUGUGCGCCUACGAGACGGGUGCGCUGGGCUACUCGGACUUUUGUGGUUUGUUUACCAAGGAGGAGUGGGAUGGCUUUGAGUACGAUCUGGAUCUGCAGUUCUCGGGCGACUACGGCAUCAUGUCGCCCAACGGCAAGGCGCAGGGUAUUGGCUGGGUCACCGAGUUCCUCGAUCGUCUGAGCAACACCACUUGGAGCGCCGAUACCAUCACCACCGAGAACAGCACGCUCGACUCGAACCCGCUCUACUUUCCGAUCGAUCAGCCCAUCUACGUCGACUUUACGCACGACGACAUCCUCGUCUCGGUCCUCACCGCGCUCAACUACACCCAAGUGGUAGGAGAGUUUUUGGACCCCUCCUACGCCGACCCGGACCGAACGUUUGUGCUCAGCCACAUCACGCCCUUUGCUGCACGACUGGUGUUCGAGGUGAUCGAGUGCCAGGGCGACGCCAACAAGUACGUCAGAACCAAGCUCAACGAGGCUGUGAUUCCGUACAGUGGCGCUGAGGGGUGUGAGGAGGGCAAGGCGCUGUGUGCGCUGGACAACUUUGUCAAGUUCCAGAGGAAGCACGCGUACAAGGACGCCAACUUUGACAAGGCUUGCUUUGGUGUCAAUGGCACCGACUUUGUCGUUACGGGUCCUGUCAGGAAUGGCACCAUCUACUAG